GUUGGAUUGUACCUCCACAUUGUAAGCACUCCUUGUGCAAAACACACUAUAAAUAUCUCUUCCGAUAUAGUAACUCCGGUGUGUUACGUGGUGGCUGUAUAUAGCGACACUUGUCACCACUCUGUUUUCCCGGCGAGUUAUGAAGCCUCUGUUUAUCAUUCUGUUACUCAUUGCUUUCACCGCAUCGUUAACCAGUCGGAUCUCAAAUCGGGGCUUUUUCGCCCAUUUUGACCUCGAAGGAAACAUAUUGAUUCUACCAACUCCAACUCCGCCGGUGUUCAACUCUACGCUUCUGAAGAUGGCAGCCGUCGAUACAGGCGAGGCGGGUUUGAAACAAGAGAUAGAGGACAUACUAAAAACCGAUAGAGAAUUCACUGACGGAGGCGGAUACUGGACCUCCGACUCUCCCCGGCGGAGGUUCAGUCAACAAGAAGUAAGAGUAACCUCGUCGAAAGUUAUCCCGGAAUUUAAGAGGGUUUUGCGCAACUGGGCGGAAAAACAGAGGUAUGGAGGGAAUAUAAUGACGGAAUUGGUGAAACUAGUGAAGCACCGAAUUGACGAACACAACGGGUCGGUGGGUUCGGACUCGAAAUACAAUUCGUGUGCGGUUGUGGGGAAUAGUGGGAUUCUGUUGAAGAAAGAGUACGGAAGACUAAUCGACAGUCACGAAGUGGUGAUUCGAAUCAACAAUGCGAAAACAGAGAAUUUCGAGAGAAACGUUGGAUCUAAAACCAGCAUUUCAUUUGUGAAUAGUCAUAUAUUGAAUGAAUGUUCGACGAAAGAGCGAAGAGGGUGUUACUGCCAACCAUACGCAGAGAAUGUGCCGACGGUGAUGUAUAUAUGUCAACCUCUGCAUCUCUUGGCCUAUACACAGUGUAAUUGGACUCGCAAUGCGCCAACGAUUGUCACCGACGGGAGGUUUGACGUGUUAAGUUCACGAAUCGUCAAGUAUUAUUCAUUGAAACGGUUUGUUGAGGAGGAAGGGAAGAGGGCGGAGGAAUGGGCGGCGGCCCAUGAUAAUGAGUUCUUCCAUUACUCGUCUGGAAUGCAAGCCGUGUUGCUGGCCCUGGGUGUUUGUGAGAAAGCGAGCUUGUUUGGGUUCGGGAAAUGGGUUUCUGCUAAGCAUCAUUAUCAUAGUGAACAGAGGACUGAGAUUCGAUCGCAUGAUUAUGAGGCAGAGUAUGCGUUUUAUGGAGAUUUGGUGAACAAUACGUGGGGAGUACCGUUCAUUACAGGGGAGUUCAAGUUUCCUCCGGUGGUGAUUUAUCAAUGAAUUUUGACUGAUUUUGGACCCCCUUUUUUGGCGAUGUUACUUGAUGUUUUUGUGGAACGGAGUCGUUUCAUUCUUGUCAUAAAGUGUAAUCAAUACAAGAAAGAGUAAACGGAACAUGUCAUUGAAUUAUCCAACAUGUUUUUGAUGUUUUGGUUAUUGAUAAGUUCAAAUCAACAAAUUCAAUUACAAUAAAUAAAAUUGAAACCAAGAUCGGAAUUACUCUGAUCGCGUUAAAAACUGACUUCAGUCUUGAUGACGUAUGAGAUGGUAGGAUUGAAGUUAUCCUCAGAACCUCCGCUGAUGAGGGUGAUCUGCACAAGAGAAUACAUAAGCUAAGGAGGACCCGAAUGUGUGCUCGAGGACCUAUCCAACGUUCAAGUCAAUAACUAUAAAUGAGAGUGCGGUGAUCAUAGCUCUCUUAAACAGUUCAUGAGUUAAAGAUAAUGCAGA